GCGGUGGCCAAUCACCGUCUUGCUUUUUUAUUAAAUACAUAUAUGUAUUAUCAGAAAAGCAAGACGGUGAUUGGCCACCGCGAUGCCGCUUUGCCGCGUCCUGUGUGCAGAAGUCAUCACACAUCUGAUGUAGCAAACUCGCGGUCUAUACCUGCCGCGUUUUCGCCGUCAUGUCAUGACGGCAGGCUCUGCUCGAUUUCUGCUGCAUUUUUGCUAUCAGUACUUCAUGUGAUACAUUGUGCUGUAUUUUCGCCAAGUUUCUGGUAUCGCAGCGUGAUAACAAAUAUGUCAAAUUUCUAGCUACAUUUUAUUAAUUUAAUGUGACAUCAUGACAUCUGUUUUUUUAUUUAAUUUUUAGUGGUAUAUUGUGUCAACACACAAUGUCUGAUUUUUGUUUUGUUAAUGUCUUUAAAUUUUGUUGUACUUUUGCUGCAUUUUUGAGGGCACAUUGUGACGCAAAGUCUACUCAAUUUUUGUCGUGUUUCUGUUAAUGUUAGUUGAAACGGCAAACUGUAAUUGCUUGCUGUCCAACUUUUGCCAGCAUAAUAUGUGUCAAAAUUUUUCAGUUCGUGCUCUCGGCAGGUUUGGCUAUCUGGGAUAAUUACAUUUAUUCAUUUAUACAUUAUUUUAUUGUAAAAAUUUACAUAUAUAACUUAAAAAUGCUCUUUCUACACGAAAUGUUAUGGAAACUUCAGGGCUUUAGGUAUACAUAAAUUGUAGUGUAAAUGAUUUUUUAGCCACACCAGUCAUAAGCCGUUUUAAUAUAAUAGGAUCUUAACAACUUGUAUUUGAAAUACCCUGAAGGUAAAUGUUGUAGAAGUACUUAAUGCUUUUACAAACGAUUUCAGAAAAUGGAGUAGCUGCUCAUGUUAAACAGUCCUCGGGAAAAGUACCAAUGCGUGAAACUUCUAGUACUAACUUAAAUUAUACUAGUACAAAUAAAGCCAAACAUGCAGGCGUGUUGAAGAAAGUUGCAAAUUAUGUUCCUACAUCGGAACCCAAUUCUGAGUUGAGUGAUCGUUGUGAGUCCUUUUCAGAAGACGAGGAGUCUAGUUUCAUCGAUAUAAGGAAAGAGUCAUUGUACAGUAGUUCUGUAAAAUCCUUAGCAAAUGCAGAAACAAAAUUUCAACAACCGGAUAAAUUCUUGGACGUGUCAUAUAAUUCUGUAACAAAAGGUCCUACAGAGUAUUACCGAUUCAUCGCUCGUAAAUUAAUUUCGCUCGAUUUGCAAAUGGGAGCUCUAAAACAAGGGCAAAAGAAAAUAUUAGAAAAAUUAAAGGGGAAUUUGGAUCACAAAACUCGUCAACCUGAAAGCCUCGAUGACGUCGAGACCAUCGACAUUUCGUGUAACCUUCCACUAAAAGAUCAAGUGACUUUGCAAGAAUUGGAACUUAAAUUAAAAGAGGAUGAGAAAUAUAAAAAAAAACGAUUAAGGAGUUGGCAAACAUAGGAGGCCGCGAUAUGAAGAAUUUGGCCUUAAAAAUAAUGCGACAGACAUUCUCGAACGAACUUGCCGUUCAUUACAGCUGGGUCGGUGGCAAGAAGAAAAACGUAUUUUCAGACCUAAUGAUAUGCAAAGUGAUACUUGGUAAGUUUAAAUUCUGAAUCUUAAGUGCAAAAAUUUGCAGUCAAUAUGAUUUAAUUAGAUAAUCAAAAUAAAAUAAUAUUUCAGCUGCACUAAAAAAACAAUAUGAAAACUACACGGAGGAUGAGAUGUCAGCUCCAAUCAAAAUUUGGCUUGCUCAUGCCAAAGAGAGAUCCUCUAAAAGUCUGCUAAAGCAGAACGAACAAAAUAAUUAAUUUAUAUUUUAAACUAUUCUAUUUCUAAUUAUUUUAACUGAUUAGUUAUAAAAAAAUUAAUAUAUUACGUACCGAAAUAUAUUACGUACCGUUCAAUAUAGUUCAGUUUAGCGACUGUAACUAUUAACUAUAAUAAUUUAGUAUUUAAUUUUUCAAAAGCUGAACUUUUGAGCAAUAAUAUACUGUCUAUUCGUUCUAUAAUUUUUAUUUUACCGUUUGUAUUCUUACAUUGACUGAUUAGUUAUAAAACUAAAUAUACUACCGUUCAAU